AUGUCAAGAAGAACACUGAGAAAAAGAAUGCCAGACGCUGAAUAUUUAAUUGGCUAUGUUGAAGAUAACGAACCGAUUGAGAAGAUCAUGAAGAAGUUCAAACAACUUGAAGAAUACCAAACAAAAGUUGGCAGAGAUAACCUAACAUCUGAGGAUUGCCGCGAAUUAAUCGAAUCCACAUCAAUAGGAGAAAUCCAAAGUAGUUUCAGGCCAAGGUAUGAGUUUUCUGAUAUUUCGUCAAUGUCUUCUGAUUCAGAUUCAGAAGGAACAGACAGCACUCGUCAAGCAAAAUAUGUGGAUCCCGUCACACAGUCAUAUAUGGCGGUACAGAAAAAUCUCGGCGAAGGCAGGGUAAUUCACGAAGACGUAUUUAAUUUAAACUUCCAAGAAAAAUUUGAAGCAAUUUUGAUAAACGCUCCUGACGGUCUAAACAUCAGAGCUAAAGGAAAAUUGAAAUACCUCAAAGGAUUGAUGAAUAAAGGCCUUAUUUUCCUUUGGAGCCAAAAAAAGGAAAUCAAGGAAUGGGUUGAAGUCAUGGAAAAAAUGAAGUAUAUUGCAUUGGAUUGAUUGUCUAAAAAAUUGUUAAAAUUGCGAGUAUAAUUAUGUAUUAAUCUCAAUUCAUAAGAAGCAGUAUAUCAAUAUGUGGAAAAUCUUGUAUGAGUACAAGUAGAUCAAACUAAUGUGGAUGCAGCUGGAGGUCUUGUUAAUCUCACAGAUUUUACUCCAAAUCUAAUUAGUAAGCAACCUGGCUGGCCUUUUGCAACUUCUCAUUUGACACUACUGAUGUUCAGAAAGAUCGCUUCAGGAAAGUUGGAGUUGAGACAUCAGAGAACUUGUGAUGUUGUUUUUGAUUUUACAAAACCAAAAAAUUAUGUUUAUCAUAUGAUAUACUGGAUAGAUUGAAUUUGGGGUAUAUUAAUACGGAAACUUAAAUAAAUGGUUACUUUCUGUACAAAUCAGAGCGGCAAAAUUAUUUAUAAGUGAAAAAUUAAUGCAAGCAGUAUAGAAACUUUAUUACCUGAAGCUGGGGUUAAAUUAGAGUUGUGGGCAGAUGGAGAAAGCCGAGAUGGAUGGAUUCAUGUAGUUCAUGAAGAAAAUUAA